AUGUUUGCCCAUGAAAGAUCAUCCAAUACUAGAACAACUAUUUCUGAGUUUCCUAUUAUACAACAAGUCAUUGAUAGUUCUGAUCUAAGUGACUUAGGUUAUAUAGGUUCUCAAUUUACCUGGUCCAAUAAACAGUCUGGGAUUAAUAAUAUUAAAGCUAGAUUGGAUAGAGAUACGGUGAAUGGCCAUUGGUUGCAUCAUUAUAACAACUCUAAAUUAUUUCAUAUUGAUGCAAUAGGCUCUGACCAUCUGCCAAUUCUCUUGGUUACCAACAGUAAUGUUCACCAAGGAAAAAAUCCAUAUAGAUAUUUUAAGUGCUGGUUUAAAGAUCCAACUUGUCAGCAAAUUAUUAAGGAUGCUUAUAAAACUAAUCUUAGAGGUUCUCAUGCUUUCAAAACGGUCAACUGUCUUAGAAAUGUAAAAUAUGAGCUAAGGAAGUGGAACACAAACCAUUAUGGUAAUAUUGAUCAAAAAGUUCAUUCUUUAACUGACCAGCUCAGUAUUCUGAAUAACAAUCCUUACUCUAUUCAGAAUAAUGAGGCCAUAAUGGAGGUAGAACAAAAUCUUGAGUUGGCUCAAAAAGCUCAAGAAUCCUUUUAUGCUCAACAAUCCAGAGUUGAUUUCAUCAAAAGUUAUGAUAGAAAUACCUCCUACUACCAUACUAAUGUUAACAGAAGGAGACAUUUCAAUCAUAUUAGCUCUCUAAAAUUAUCUAAUGGGCUUUGGUUUGAGGAUAAAGAUAUUCUAGAGGACCUUCUUGUUACUCAUUUCAAAAAUAUUUCUACUACCACUAAUCCUAUCUUAAAUGAUAAUUUCUUGAAUUGCAUCGAUAGUUGUAUUACUAAUGAGGACAAUGACAAGCUUUUGAGUCGCAUUACUCUUGAUGAGAUUAGGAAUACCAUUAAGCAAAUGGCCCCAUGGACUGUGAUAGACGCAUUUAUUUGUAUUACUAAUGAGGACAAUGACAAGCUUUUGAGUCGCAUUACUCUUGAUGAGAUUAGGAAUACCAUUAAGCAAAUGGCCCCAUGGACUGCUGCUUACGUCCCUGGUCGUGAUAAUCAAAAUAAUGUGGUGAUUGCUCAUGAGAUGGUUCAUACUAUGAAAAAAAAGAAAGAUAUAUGUGGUAUCAUGGGUCUUAAACUUGAUAUGUCUAAGGCCUUUGAUAGAGUAGAAUGGUCCUUCCUUAUUGCUGUUCUUAAAAGAUUUGUCUUUUCUGACCAUUGGUGCAAACUUAUUUUCCAAUGCAUAAGCACUACUAGCAUAUCUAUACUUUUGAAUGGCUCCCCUUGUAAUUCCUUUUCUCCUACUAGAGGAUUAAGGCAGGGAGAUCCCUUAUCUCCCUACCUGUUUAUUCUGUGUAUGGAAGCUUUUUCUAGGUACCUCAUUCAUGCUGAAAAUUCAAACCUUAUCCAUGGUUUGAAAGUCACCAAUGAUGCUCCUAGUAUCUCCCAUCUCCUUUUUGCAGACGAUUGUUUGCUUUUCACUAAAGCAACACACAGUGAGUCAAACAAUCUUAUGUCUUUGAUCAAAGAUUUUAGUAGUAUAUCUGGUCAAAUGAUAAAUUUUGAGAAAUAUGCAUGUUUUUUCAGUAAAAAUGUGCUUCCUGAUCAUUGUGUGUCGCUUAUUAGAUCUAUGAAUGUUAGGAAAAUUGAAUUAUAUGAAAAAUACCUUGGCAUUCCACUCUUUCUUACCAGAAAUAGAACUGAGUCUAUGUCCCAUUUAAACACUCAUCAUGACUCUAGAGUGUCUAAUUGGAAAGAUAUUCUGAAACAACAUGCUCACUGGGAUAUUAGAGAUGGCAAUUAUGUCAAUGCUUUUUCUGAUAACUGGAUUUUAAAUCCAACUUAUCCUCUCUGCAUAAGCCAACCUAAUCCUAAUUACAAAGUUUCUGAAUUCAUUAGGCAUGAUUCUAGAACUUGGAAUACUCCCUUAGUUCAGGCUUUCUUUACUAGGAAAAAUAGUCAGAAAAUCUGUAACAUGCGCAUACCAAUUUCUGGUAAGGAUGUUCUAGUUUGGCCUUAUGCCAAGAAUGGUAUACUGAAAGUCAAAUCUGUUUACAAAUUACUUGCUUUAGAACUACCACAUAACUUCGUUCAGAACCAUGAUAUUGAUACUUAUAAGGCACUUUGGAAAUCCUCAUUGUUUCCCAGAACUCAGUUGUUCCUUUGGAAGUGUAUUGAAAGGAUCCUCCCUACUGGCAGCAAACUUGCCAGAUACAAUAACACUCACAAUGAUAGGUGUAGUUUGUGUAACUUGAAUGCUAGUGAAACUCCUGAACAUAUGUUACUACACUGUUCUUAUGCUAAAAAUGUUUGGUCUCAUAUCCAUGUUACUAGUCAAUUUGUUUCGCAGGACUUUGACACUAAUAUAAGUGUUAAAGAUUGGAUAACCAAAUGGUUUACUUCAAGUCAGCUGCAACCUCAUUCAGAUGUAGUCUUGACAACAGCGUGCAACAUAAGGAAAGAUAGAUGUGCUAAAGUCUUUGAAAAUGAUUCUCUAAAUCCAAUGGCUACAGCUAAAACUGCUAUUAAAAUAGCUUCUGAAACUGCUGGCUUAUUAGUUUCUUCUUCCAUGCCUAACACUGUCAAUUCUGAUGCACCUGAUAAUGAUUCUAAUUUUCUGCAAAAUACUCUCCACAACAGUAUAGUCAUAUUCUGUGAUGCCUCUUUUGACAAGUAUACUAAUAAAUCUGGUAUUGGGAUUGUUGCAUUCAAUUCAACAGGUACUUUCAGAGGAUGCAAACUAGUUUCGGGGUAUGCUGCGAGUCCAGAGGGAGCUGAAAGUGCUGCACUACUUGAAACUGCAAAAUGGAUCAGAGAGAACGUUGAUGAUGUUUAUUUAGUUAGUGAUGCCAAAACUGUAAUGGCCUAUCUUAAUAAUUGCAGGGGUCAAACUAGUUGGUCCUCUUGCAGCUUUUUAAAGGAUUGUUUAUUUUUAUUAAAAGAUGUUAAUAUUAUUCAGUUUAAACAUCUAAAAAGAGAUUGA